AGCCCCCCGGCUCCAGUGCCGUCACUCCUCCAGCGAGCCUGCCCGGGGAAGAGGCGCAACAUGCCGCGGUCCUUCCUGGUGAAGACGCACCAGAGCAGCCGGAGACCGAGCUACAAGGACGGGGGAGCGAGGACGCAGAGCGCCGAGGCCCCCUACAGCACACAUGACGACCACCACCAUCACCGUCAAGCCCCGAGCCCUCGGCUACAGCACAGAGCCCAGUCCUUCUCCUCCUCAUCCUCCUUAUCCUCCUCAUCCUCCUCCUCCUCCUCCUGCGCUCUUUCUCUCAGAGCCGUCCAACUGCAUCUUCCGCCGUCUGCAAACAUCUCCACCGUCUCCCUCAUAGGCCCCUCUUUGGAGGCGUACAGUAGAAGCGCCGCAGAAGCCUACAAACCAGCAGAAUCCUGCACCCAGGUGAACCUGGAAAUCCAGUAUGUCACAGGUGACCUCCAGAGGAGAGAGAGCCUCCUCGCUCCGUCCCUCCCUCUCCUGGCCCUCUUCCCGGCCGUCCUUCCAGGCGGCGGCAGCAGCGGUGGCGGCAGCAGCAGCAGCAGCAGCAGCAGCAGUAGCCAGGAGAGCUUUGAGUGUUUGGACUGUCACAAAGAGCACUUGAGCUUCUCGGGCCCCACCAAGCACAAGCAGCUCCCGUGUGAGUGGAGCGGCAAGAAGUACUUCAGCUGCAAGUACUGCGAGAAGGAGUACGUCAGCCUGGGAGCGCUGAAGAUGCACAUCCGGACGCACACGCUGCCCUGCGUGUGCAAACUCUGCGGCAAGGCCUUCUCCAGACCCUGGCUGCUGCAGGGACACAUACGCACGCACACAGGAGAGAAGCCGUUCUCGUGCCUCCACUGCAGCCGAGCGUUUGCCGACCGGUCCAACCUGCGCGCUCACCUGCAAACGCACUCGGAGGUGAAGAAGUAUCAGUGUGCGAGCUGCUUGAAGACCUUCUCCCGGAUCUCGCUGCUGGCCAAGCACCAGGAGGCGGGCUGCCCCGUGUCCUGACAGCACCCGGAAAGUUUCACUGCUGAAUGAUGAACAAAGUCUUUGGGAUAAAAGACCUGCUACACUGUCUCUGCAUACUUUGGUGUGUGGACCCCGAAACCCUCUUGUCAUGUGGUGACUGAUUUGAUUUAGAUUUGAUUGUCCCGUCAGGAACUAUUUGCCUAGUUACCCAAGUGUAUACAAAGUGUUUACAACGUUGGACAGAGUGACAACGCCGAAGUUGGCAUUGAUGAAACAGCGUCAGAUGUAUGUUGAUGUUCGUAUCGCCCCUAUGGCCUGGAAGAUAGAAGAAAGAAGCCCCGGUAGGACAGUUAUGGAGUCUCGUGACGGGGAUCCUCGUCCCAUGCUCCUCACCUCAUCUGACGGUUUUUAAGGUGGAGGUUUCAAUUCCUGAAUCCCAUCAUUGACCUCGUCUCCGGUACAGGUCUUGAUUUAUAGUUAGCUGUGGCAUUUGAAAUAUUGAUGUCAGUUAUUAAACAUAGAUACUGCAGUAAUUGCUGAUAAUCCACGUCAGCUAUCGUGUGUGUGUGUGUGUGUGUGUGUGUGUGUGUGUGUGUGAGUCAUCAAGUUGCGUGUGUUGCCUUAAUGACCAUCCUGCAUCAGGUAGACAGGUAAAAAGCCAAAUGAGGAUUAAUAUUCAAUAAUCAGAUACAAGUGUUGAAAAAGACUGAGUAAACACCUAACAUGAGUUUUGGGCUUGUAUUUCUAAUCACAACGGGUCAGGGCUUCCCUCUCUUAAGAUGCAGUGACAACAAGUAGAGUAUCCAGUCACAUACUGCUAUGGUAUUGAAUCACGCGAAGAUUGGGUUAGAUGUCGUUUUGUUUUUUUGUUUAAAACCUGCUAGAAAUAAAAUCCAGGCGUUUUAGAUGGAGGGUGAAAAGAGGAGCUGCAGGAAUGGGCAGUUAUGAGAACACUGAUGCCUUUUUCUGAACAUUAGAGCAUGGAAACCUUUUCAAGUGGUCGCCCAAAUUAAAAUGAUGAACCUGAAUAUGAGCAUGAUAUGUCACCUUUAAUAUACAGUACAUGAGAAGAGGCUAGCUCAGACAAGCCAUGAAGUAGAGGUAACGUGUCCCCAGAUUGCGGCUUGAGAAAUCUUAUCUAUCAGAAGAGUCUCUCUGAAAUCCAUGUUUAGAUCAUCAGCGUUAUCCUUUGUCUGGACAGGCUUGGAUACGACUUUCUUCUGCGGCAAUGUGCAGCUUAUCAAAAAAGAUGAUCCAAGUUUUUCCAACAGACACUUGCUGUCACGAAGCUGCACACACACUUGCCCUGCCCUACACCUGCAGUGUGGAGUGUGCGAGCAUCUGUUGUUUGCCCACCAGAACGGCUCCGCCGUGAUGUCAUGGAAUGCUAUGAAUAGCAACCGUCAGUGGAACAUGUGUCUAAAUAUUCCCCAACCAUUCGGCCAGGUUAAUUUUCGAGUGCCCACAGAUGCUAUUCUGACCCCCGCAGACCUAUAAAUAGACGGAAAGCUGUUAUAUUGGGCGCGGGGGGCGGCGCCCACAUCUCACAGUGUGUCAGUAAUACAAGACAGCACCGCCGCAUUUAGCUGCUGUCAAGACAUGAGGCCUAUUAUUUGGCUCCACGGAUACAGUGAAAAAAACACACGUGUGUGUGUGUGUGUGUGUGUGUCGGGUGAGGGAAGAAAUAGACACAAUGGCCAGUAGAUUACGUUGGUAUUUUUUCCACAGUGAGUCUGUGAGUGUUUCCAUAAAGUCCCUCGCCACAGGCCUCCGAUGACACAGUGUUACACUUGUUACCGAGGCAUUAGCCUCAGUGUGUGAGGAACAGGGUGUGUGUGUGUGUGUGUGUGUGUGUGUGUGUGUGUGUGUGUGUGUGUGUGUGUGUGUGUGUGUGUGUGUGUGUGUGUGUGUGUGUGUGUGU